AUGGAAGUGGCGGCUGGUGGUGCAGGUGGCGCUGGAGGUGAAGGGGUUGAUCAGAGGAAGCAGUGCCGUAGGACUGGGUCCAGAGGAAACUGGAGGUGCAAAUCAGAAGCUAUUCCUGGCAAAACUCUCUGCCAGAGGCACGAAAUUGAAUACAAACGUUUGUAUGAGAGGAGGAAAAUGAAGAAAAUCCAGCUGAAGGAAAAUCAAGAAAUGGGCGGUGGAGGAAAUUCUAACGCUGUUACUGUAAAUAGGGAUGUGGGUGGUGAUGCGGAGGUGUCAGCGGGCAAGGAAAAUCAGAUAAUUGAGGGCAGAGAAAGUGAAGGGCAACUAAGCGUGGUUGUUGAGGGAAAUAGGGGUGAAGAUGGUGCUGCUCUCGUGGCAAAGAAGAAAGGAAGGCCAAAGGGUUCUAAGAAUAAGGAGAAGAAGAGAAGUCAUGAAGAAAAUGAUGAUAUUGUUAGGAUUGGAAAAAGAGGGAGGCAAGAGAGUUCUGAAGAGGAAAAGAGAGUUGAAAUUGGGAAUGAAAUCGAGGCAAUGCAGGUGGCCAAUGAUGUUAAGAAUGAUGAAGGCAGUGAGGAUGAAGUGACAAUUGUUAGUGUCAAUAGAAAAAGGGAGGAUUUAGGUACAGUUGGGUCCCCGCAGUCGGCAGGGAUUGUUCAGAACGAGGAAGCCCCUAGAGAUCUCGGCAUCUAUGAGGAUAGGGAAAUUCCUAUGGAGGAUAGCGGUCAAGUUGUUAAAGGUGUUGCAAAGAAGGGGCGGCCGAAGGGGUCAAAGAACAAGCAAAAGGUUGUCGUGACUGAUGAUAAGGAGAUGCCAGUUCGAGUUGAUAAAGACGGAGAACCCCUUGGAGAUGGGAUUUUGAAGAAGAAAGGAGGCGGCGGGAGGCCAAAGGGUUCCAAGAACAUAAAGAAACUUCUACCUAUGAUUGACCAAAACCAGAAAAUGAAAGGUUGCAUUGUUGAUGGAGAAACACAUACAUUGUCCAGCGACGUUGAUGGAGUCUUAGGCAAAAAUUUUGCUGGUGAUAAUGAGGGCGUUGGGACUAUUAAGAGAAUUGACGAUCAUGGUAGUGCUCUUAGUAAUGAGCUUUCUGAUGGAGUUAAUCAGAAGGGUAAACGAGGGCGACCCAAGGGUUCAAAAAAUAAGACGCCUUCUGAGAAGGAAGGGCGUGGCAGGCCCAAGGGCCUAAAGAAAAUUCUGCUGCCAGUUGGUUCUAGCGAAGUUCAGGUGUCUUCUGAACGGUUUAAUGUCAGUUUUGAGAAUUCUCAGGAGAAAGAGAAACCUCAAAGGACAUGGGUUGCAGAAGAUAAUGAAUUUGCAUGCAUGGGGGAGCAAACAAACAACCCAUCAAUUGUGGGAAUGUCGGAUGCCACCAAACAGAAGGAGCACCGGGGAUCAAUGUGUCACCAAUGCUUGAAGAGUGAUAAUGUUGGUGUUGUCAUCUGUUCAAAAUGCAAGAAGAAACGUUACUGUUAUGAGUGCAUUGCAAAGUGGUAUCCGGAGAGGACAAAAGAAGAAAUUUUGAAAUCAUGCCCGUUUUGCUGUGGGAAUUGCAAUUGCAAAAUUUGCCUUCAAACAGUUUUACUCGAAAAGGGUUGUCAGGAAGAAACCAAUGAGAGUAUCAGACUGGAAAGGUCCCUAUACUUGCUUGUUAAAAUUCUACCUGUCCUGAGGCAUAUACAACAAGAGCAGAGGUCUGAGCUAGACAUUGAAGCCUGCAUACGUGGUGUUCAAUUGACCGAGGAUGAUAUAGAGGUUGCAGUAUUUGAGGAAGAUGAUCGGGUAUACUGUGACAAUUGCAAGACUUCCAUUGUCAAUUUCCACCGAAGCUGCCCGAACCCAGAUUGUUCUUAUGAAAUCUGCCUUGAUUGUUGUUCUGAACUCAGAAAAGGUAUUCAGCCUGGAAGUAUUGAGGCAAAAACUCUUCAUGUCAAUGGCCAUGUACAUGACAUGUCUUUUGACUUCCCUAAAUGGGAAGCAAAGAUUAAUGGCAGCAUACCAUGUCCUCUCAAAGAGCAUGGUGGUUGUGGUUCCAAGGAUCUAGUGCUCAAACGGAUUUUUGACGCUAAUUGGGUGGAUGAAUUAAUUAGGCGUACAGAGGACCUUACGUCCGGUAUCCAGUCAACGGAUAUUGAAUUUUCUCAAAAAUGUUUUUUGUGCCUUGUUAAUCACUCUGCUCAAGAUGGUAAUACUCGUAUGGAAGUAAGACAAGCAGCAUGGAGAGAAAACAGUCAAGAUAACUUUCUUUACUGUCCUAAUGCUAUUGAUCCGGGAGAUUCUGAGUUUGAACAUUUUCAAAUGCACUGGAGGAGAGGUGAACCAGUCAUUGUUAGAAAUACACUGGCUAAGGCAUCGGGUCUUAGUUGGGAGCCAAUGGUGAUGUGGAGGGCCUUCAGACAUGCAAGCAAAAAAUUAAAAGCUGAGAAUUACUCUGUGAAGGCUAUUGACUGCAUGGAUUUGUGUGAGGUUGAGAUUAAUAUUCACCAGUUUUUUAGGGGCUACUUAGAGGGCCGUAAGCAUCUAAAUGGUUUGCCUCAAAUACUGAAGUUGAAGGACUGGCCACCUACAAGUUUGUUUGAAGAAUGUUUACCAAGGCAUGGUAGUGAAUUCUUGACCAUGCUUCCAUUUAGUGAUUAUACCCAUCCAAAAUCUGGUAUUUUGAAUCUUGCUACCAAGCUCCCCGAGGGUGCCUUAAAACCUGACUUGGGACCUAAAACUUAUAUCGCCUAUGGAUCUUCAGNGGUCACUUUUAGGCAAAUUUUAUACCUGAUGUUGCUGUAA